GCUUUCCACGUCGACCACAGCGGGCAUUUGUUUUCCUCGAACACGCCCUCAAAAUGCCAAAAAUCAUCAUCAAGCCACCAUCAGCCUCGCAAACACCGGGCCCGUCGCGUCUGCAAGGCUCAGACGACGGCGAAGAGUGGGAGACGAUGGGCACACCCGUUGCCGUCGAUUCCCCUGCCUAUUCUUUCGGCGGGGAAGACAUGGCAGAGGCAGCCUACCAAGAUGCGGACCCGGGAGAUGUAUACGUGCCCGAAGAAACGCAAACGCCGGCCAAACGGGGCAGAGGCCGCCCUCGCGGUCGGCCGCGCACAACAGGCGCAUCGAGCACGCGCGGGACGCCCAAGCCCAAGAUCGGCAGACCACCUGGACGCGGCAGGGGAAGGGGUCGCGGGCGUGGCGUCGCGUUCCGCCCAGCAGUCGACAGCGAUGCCGAGGGCGACGAUCCUCUGGCGAACUGGGGCGAUAAUGCUGGCACAGACCCCGCGCGUACGGCGGUGAUCAACGGACAAGUAUACACAAUCGAGGGGGACGAGUUCGUCACCGAAGACGACCCCGCAGGAGAGACCAAGAUCGACAAGAAUGGUGUCUUACUCGGAGGCCGCCAAUUCAAAGCGAACACCUUCGUCAUCCCCAACCGGCAUCCCUCGCGCAUGUACAUGCUCGCCAUCGACGCCGCCCGCACCUCCGGCUUCCGCGACUCCCUCACCUACUUCCGCCGCAACCCGCUCGCGCACAAGCUGAACGCGACGCAGGCGGAGAAGGACUACCUCAUCGGCGCCGGCAAGCUCGGCUCGCACCUCAAGACGCGCUCCGUCACGCUUGUCACCGCGCGCAGCGCGUACAAGCUACAUGGCGCGCGUACGAUUGUCGGCGGCCGGUGGGUCGUCGACGACUACUACGAGGCGCGCGCGCAGGCGGAGGCGGAGGCGAAGGGGUUUGCGCCGGGGGAUCCGGUGGUCGACCCGACCGCGCAGGUCGUGCCGGGUGUAACGCACCAGGACGACGCGGCGGGGAACCAUCAGAAGCAGGACGCGGGAGGCAUUUACAAAACUGGAGGCCCGACGACACUUUUCGGCGGCACGGGGCUCGGCCCCUUCAGCGAUGGACCGCUGAACGCGGUGCGCAAGAGCUUGCUCACGCGCGACGGCGUCACGGAGCAAAAUUGGAUGGCGCUCGCGGCCGAACGAACGCGCGCGAUGGACGACGAGUGGCGGAAGUGGCGGACAGAGAAUGUCAAGCCCGUCGUGCCUCCCGAGUCAGUUGACUUUUUCCGGGAGUGGAAGACGCCUGGGCGGGAGCCUUCACCUCCGCGCGCGGUGUACGAGCCGCACACGGGCGCUUGGUUGGUACGCGCAGAUACGCAACCCACUCGAGCGCGUUGGGAGACGUUGCCCGACAGCAAGGAAAAAACCAUCGUCGGCGGCAGCAAGGCGGGUAAUCGUGCAUGGGGCGUCGCCUGGGUGGAAACCACAAUGGACUACAAGCCAGACGAUAUCACACGAGAGCAAGAAGAGUGCAGGAGGGUCGCGAGAGAGGUUACGGGUGUUGUAUGACUGCUCAUGCCUACCGACUGUUGACUACUAUACUUGUCGUGUACUUCUUGCGCGUCUACCGCUGGAACGAUUUCUUGGGGAACCCAUUAGCACGAUAUUGGCGUUCUUUGGGCACCUAUCAAUACUGCUUGCAGACCUGUCUUGUGCAACAAGCCACUGAAGUCGUUCCCCAAUGCAACCCUACG